ACAAAAAGCAUGCCAUAACCAACCUCUCUCUUUAGAUUCUUCCUCUUCUCCUUCUCCUUCUCCUUCUCUUUGUUUCCCCCUUUCUUUUUGCUCUCCUCUAGCUGGAAGACCUUGUUUCUGAUCUGGGUUUGCCUUGGUUCCAUGUUUUUCAUCUUACUUUUCCUGUAAUCUAAUCGAUUUUGGAUCAAUGACGAAGAUUAGUCCUGAGUUUGAAGAAACUGUGAACAUGGAGGCAAUGUUGCCAGUUUCGGUUGAUGUUAGCUUUGCUUCGAAUCAAUUUCCGAAAUAUAAAUUAGGACCUGACAAUCAGAUUUUAGAAGAGCCUCAGGAUGUAAACCAGGGCCCUUCUCUUAAAGAGGUUAUCGAAGAGGAAACUACACACUUGUCUGAGCAGCAUAAGCGACUCUCGGUUCGUGACCUUGCCUGUAAAUUUGACAAGAACUUGGCCUCUGCUGCUAAGCUGUCUGAUGAGGCAAAGCUCAGAGAAGUGCCUUCACUGGAGGGACAUGUUAUUUUGAAGAAGCUUCGUGAUGCUUUGGAGUUUCUGAAAGGUCGAUUGGCUGGACGAAAUAAGGAGGAUGUGGAGAAAGCUAUCUCCAUGGUGGAAGCUUUAGCUGUGAAGUUAACUCAAAAAGAAGGAGAGCUGAUUCAAGAGAAGUUUGAAGUGAAAAAGUUGGCUUCCUUUCUCAAACAGGCUUCGGAAGAUGCUAAGAGGUUGGUUAACCAAGAGAAAUCUUUUGCUUGCGCUGAAAUUGAGAGCGCAAGAGCUGUCGUGCAGCGAAUUGGGGAAGCUCUUGAUGAACAGGAAAAAAAUUUGGACGAAUCGAAAAAACAGAACGUCGAAGGACUAGUAGAUGAAGUUCAAGAGGCUAGAAGAAUUAAACUAUUGCAUCAACCAAGCAAGGUGAUGGGCAUGGAACAUGAGCUACGUGCGCUGAGAGCUACAAUUCGAGAAAAAACUAUAAUCUCCGCAAAGCUUCAAAGAGAGCUCACAAUGUGCAAAAGGGCUGCAGAGAACAAGUCGAGUUUAUACGACUUGGAUGGUUCGGAAACUCUAGGUUCAUCUUUGAGAAUCAAAUGUGCCUCAGAUGCAGCACCCCCACUCUCAAAAUGUUCUAUUCAAUGGUAUCGAAUGUCGUCCGAUUGCAGCUGGAAGCAAGUAAUUACAGGUGCGACCAAGUCGAUCUAUGCCUUGGAACCUCUCGAUGUCGGGCGAACCUUACAAGUGGAAAUAGUGUCCAAUGGCCAAAAAGUGGACUUGAUGACAACCGGUCCCAUCGAACCUGUUUCAGGACUCGGAACUUAUGUUGAGACGCUCAUGCAAAAAUCCAACUCCGAAUUCAAUGUAACUAUAUCCCAGAUGAACGGACAAGAUUAUUCAUCACAUUCUGUUCAUGUAUUUCAUGUUGGGAAAAUGAGAAUGAAGCUUUCCAGAGGUUGGAUAACGAAGGCACGUGAGAAUUAUUCGUCUUUGAUGCAGCUAUGCGGAGUUCGAGAUGACCGAAGUACCGCAACCAAGGCACUAUUCUGGCAAGGAAGGAAGGGACUAUCGUUCGUGUUGAAAUUCGAAUCAGAGCGAGAAAGAAACGCCGCAAUCAUGCUUGCCAGAAAAUACGCCAACGACUGCAAUGUGAUGCUGGCUGGACCAGAUGAUCAAGUAUAGAAGUGAAACCUAACCAACUGAUCUUCGUGUUAGAAACCCGAGUUUUUUUUUUUAUUAUUUUUUUUAAAGCAGGGUUUUUUUAGGAGUGUGAUAGUACUAUGGGUUGUGAGUGAAGAAAAUUUGGCUUCUUUGUAAUGUAAUUUUGUUCAAUUUUUUUUUUUAUUUUGUUCACUAAUCAUGUUGAGCUGUUUUAGGCAUCCUUUUUUAUCUGCCUAA